AUGGAGAUCAUUCCAUUGAUGUUCAUUAUACUCUUGUCUUCAUUUCGGGUCCCUGUUAAAGUAGCCGGCAAGGGUGCGUCCCAUGGGGGAGGAGGUGGCUUUGUUGGUAGUGGCAGCGGCUCCAUUGGUAUUGGCAAGGGCUAUAGGGGUGGGAAUAUUGGUACCGGGGGCAGCAUUAGGGAUGGGAGUAGUGUUGGCACCGGUUAUAGGGGUGGGGGUUCAAACGGCAAGCCAGGUGGUGGCGGAGACCCCGGUGCGGCAAUUGUUGUCUUUCCCAAGAAGCCCGAGGAACCGAAGAAAAAGGCGCCGCCGCCAUUGCCACAAGAAUGCAAACCGGAGGUUAGAGAUUGCAUCAAUGCGCAUAUGUACGGAGGCGCAGGGAAACCUCAACGCGACGGGGCAUGUUGUGAGAAAUUUAAAUACUCGAAAAAAUGUGUUUGUACAUUCGUUAAGUCUACGGAUUCUCAUCUAAGCAAACAGGCUAAAGGUGUUAUCCAAGGUUGUCGUUUUACUAGAGCCAAUUGUCCAUAG